AUGGUAAGUUGUAAUUUAUUCCAAUCUAAUGUUACUUUGACUAAAAGACGAGGUCUGUCAUUUUUGCUCUCUGAUCGGCCCGCUCUUGCUUUUUAUGAAGGAUUUCUAAGUAUUAGUUGUGGUGCUUCAAAAAAUGAAAUGAUUGGAGGGUUCGAGUGGAUUACAGAUUCCUUGUUCAUCAAAUUCAGAAACACUUCCACUUUGUCUCCAUUCAGCUCUAACGAUAUCGCCUAUCAGUAUCGGUACCUGGCCUAUUUUACAGAUCUGGAAGCAAAUAAAUAUUGUUACUUGCUGCCUGUUACGCCUCAUAUACAAUGCCUGGUAAGGGCUAGGUUCUCUUUUGGAGAAUUAGUGAAUCUUUCUAUAGCAAGCAUCUUCGAUUUCUAUAUAGAGGGAAUCUACUGGGCAAAAGUUGACCUGGGCAAUUUCACCGAAUAUGUUAAUGUCUAUUACAAAAUCAUCCUGGCCCCCAAAAGCGGUUGCCUGAGUCUAUGCCUAGCUAGAAAUUCAGAGACAGAAGAAAGUCGCUACGUUUUCAAUUCAACCAUUGAGUUGAGGCCUCUACAAUCACAAAUGUAUAAUACUUACACUGAUUUCAACUACGGCGCUUUGCUUCGCUAUUCUCGUACACAUUUUGGCAGCUCUGAGGAGAUAAAGUUUCCCGACGACCAGUAUGAUCGCAUGUGGGAACCUCUUCAAGUGCCGUUCACAACAGAUAUGAGCACGGACGACUCCUCUUUUGGGAGCAUGAGAAACCAACCACCUGUAUCAGUAUUAAAGACUGCAAUUACACCGCAAGUAGGGGAAGAAUUACUUGUUUCGAACUGGCUGACUCUUGCCCGGGGCUUUUACUAUUUUGCUCUUUACUUAUGCAACAUCAAUAAGACAAGCCUUUCAGGGAACAACACAUUGCAGGUCUUCAUUGGCAAUGUUCAAAUUGCAGUAAUAGACUUCCCUGAGUAUAUGUACUGUUGGUGGACAGAUCAUCGCAGAGAGCUUAGUGUUAGCGGACUUGCUAUUAGAAAAGUAGCAGAUGUACUCAAUGUUCCAGAUGAUUGGACAACAGGAGAUCCAUGUUUGCCUGCAGUUUUACCAUUAACCGGUGUUAAGUGCAAUGACGAAGACCCUCCUCGAGAAUUUAACAAACAGGGUUUCACAGGUAUCAUACCUCCAAGCAUAGCCAAUUUAACAGCAUUAACUAAUUCUAAUCUGUUAGGCAACAAUAAAUUUUCGGGCUCUAUUCCAGAUCUCAGCACACUGAAGAACCUUACGUCAUUGCAACUACAAAAUAAUCAGCUUGUUGGAGAUAUUCCGAGUUGGUUAGAGAAGCUUCCAUUGUUAAAUGAACUUUUUUUGCAGAACAAUAAAUUAGAUGGAGAUGUGCCACCUGAUUUAGUUAAGCCCGGUUUAAACCUCCAAAUUAGUCCUCAAAGUAAGACUCCACGCGACAAGAAAAACAAAGUAAAAGGCUGGAUUAUAGGACUCGUUAUUGGCUGUUUGGUUCUGUUAUUCGUUGUGAUAUUCGGGAUUCGUCUAUGGAGUUGCCAGAAACGCGACGGUCUCCCGUCGUUUCGCAUUUCAACGGGAGAAACGCGUUUCUUGUUUCUAACGGCCGUUUCUGCAGCGUUUGAUAGUAAAGUAAAUGCUUUAAACAGAUUUGACAAUAAAGAUGAUCCAAAUGAAUUUCGAAAACUGGUGGUAGAAUAUAAGGAAGAAGAUAUUAAAGCAGCUACAAACAACUAUUCUACAAUCAUUGGUAAGGGAGGCUUUGGAUCUGUGUUUUAUGGUAAACUCUCAGGAAAUGAUGUUUCAGUGAAGAUGCUUUCAACGAGUUCAUCUCAAGGAAAACAAGAAUUUCGAAAUGAGGUGACUCUCCUUUCAAGAGUACACCAUAAGAAUAGUGGCCUUAGUAUACGAAUUUAUGGAGUGUGGAACAUUUAUGGACCAUUUACACGGUAUUGCUCUGCAAAACAAGAGAAACCACUUGACUGGCAAACCAGGAUCAACGUUGCUCUACAAGCUGCACAGGGUUUGCUAUACCUUCAUGAGGGCUGUAGUCGUCCAAUCAUACACAGAGAUGUUAAGUGCAGUAAUAUACUUUUGGAUAAAAGAAUGUUUGCCAAGAUAACUGACUUUGGUCUAUCCAAGUUGUUAGUCAAUGCCAAAAGCUAUAUAACAACUAAUGUGAAGGGCACCCUCAGCUAUCUUGAUCCUGAGUAUUUUGGAAAGUCAUCGCUAAAUGAAAAGAGUGAUGUCUACAGUUUUGGUGUAGUUUUGUUGGAGAUAAUUUGUGGUGUACCACCCAAGGAGCGAUUAGUUGAAUUGGCGAAGGAACUGCUUUCAUCAGGGAGACUAGCAGACCUGAUGGAUUCUUCAUUGGGUGGUCGAUAUAGUGUAGAAUCUGCAAGGAAAGUUGCAAACAUUGCAUACGCAUGUGUGGAAGAAAAAUCAAUAAAUCGGUCCACAAUGAACACAGUUGUGAAAGAGCUAGCAGAAGCGAAGGCACUUCUAUCGGUCCAAAACGUACUUGAUGACAUGCCUGAAGCUAGGUAG